GUGGGGAAUUUGAUGGGGCUGGGGUGAGAACGUCAGAUCAAUAACCCAAACACUGCAGGAUGGCAUUAAACAUUUGACUGCUGCUGCAGGGGAAUUGCGUUAACUUGUGUUGCAGAACCACAAAGACAGAGCACUUUGCCAGGAGACGGGGAGUUUGUGCAGUGGCUGCAGACUGGAGCAGAAAAGAAAAGUGGGGGUGUAGCCUGUGAGCCUACGAUAAUAGGCUAAGAGGGAGAGAGGGAAAGACGUGGACAGUGAUGCUGCGCGUUAUCUUCCCACUAAAUGAGGGUUGUCUUUCCCAGUUCAGGCAGCAGGGCUCCUCCGCCCAACCAGCGAGAAUCUGGAAUUUAAGCGACAGCAGCAGCAGGGCGUCUGUCUGCUGGACUCCCGUCAUCCGCGCCUCCGCAGCUCCGUCGGAGAAGGAGGAGAAGACUCGAUCGCAGUGCCAUGUGCAGAACGACACGGAUCCGUGAAUUCAUGCGGUGACAGACGAGCUGGAAUGGAGCGCUUCUCCACAAAUUCCUGCAGACGCGCCGCCUGUGAAACGUUGGGGCUUCUGGUGUAGACCCGACAACCCUUCACGCGCAGCAGCCAACCGCAAAGAUCCGAAUAGCAAGCAAAAAAAACAUAAACGGGGGGAUCUGUAGUCAGGUGUCAGCUUUCACCUCAACCACGACAAUGGGGGAGCAGCCCAUCUACAGCACGCGAGCCCAUGUCUUCCAGAUCGACCCCAACACCAAGAAGAACUGGCUGCCCACAAGCAAGCACGCCGUCACCGUCUCCUACUUCUACGACAGCACGCGCAAUGUCUACCGCAUCAUCAGUUUGGACGGUACCAAGGCAAUAAUCAACAGCACCAUAAGUCCCAACAUGACCUUCACAAAAACCUCGCAGAAGUUUGGCCAGUGGGCAGACAGUCGAGCAAACACCGUCUACGGGCUGGGAUUCUCCACCGAGCAUCACCUGUCCAAGUUCGCAGAGAAGUUUGCAGAGUAUAAAGAAGCGGCACGGCUCGCCAAGGAGAAGAGUCAGGAGAAGAUGGAGAUGGCUACAUCUCCUUCUCAGGAGUCUCCAGCUGGGGAGCUGGCCUCGCCUCUGACCCCCGUGACUCCACCCAUGGAAACUAUCAACGGCACAGACGAGCUGUGCGACACGACUCCAAACUCAGACUCCCGUCCAGAGCCAGCCCAGAAUGCGCUGGCCUUUGCACACAGCCCAGCCAUGACCAAACAUUGGGAAGCUGAGCUGGAGGCGCUAAAGGGGAACAAUGCCAAGCUAACGGCGGCUCUGCUGGAGUCCACGGCCAACGUCAAACAGUGGAAACAGCAACUGGCCGCCUACCAGGAGGAGGCAGAGAGACUACACAAACGAGUGACAGAGCUUGAGUGCCAGAGCAACCAAACCCCAGUGAUCAAAUCCCAAAAGACUGAACUCAAUCAAACCAUAGAGGAGCUGGAGAACACUCUACGGGAUAAAGAGGAGGAAAUGGAGAAGCUGAAAGAGGAACUGGAGAACAUGAACGACCUGAUGGAGCAGAAAGACACACUAACUCAGAAGCUUGAGGAGACGGAGCUGCGCAGCCGGGUGCUGGAGGAGCAGCUGGCCGGAGCUGAGCAGAGGCUGGAGGAGAACCAGGAGGAGCAGGAGAAUUUCAGAAAGAGCCUGCGAACACUGCUGGAGGUGCUUGACGGGAAGAUCUUUGAGCUGACGGAGCUCAGAGACACCUUGGCCCGGCUCAUAGAGGAAGCCAGCUAAAGACAAACGUCCCUAAUUUUCACAGCCAGAGCCAUAUGAUAAUUCACUUAAAGGCCCAAACGUACCGACACCAAACCCUCCUCCCCUCUUAUUAGAAACUGCACUGCCCACAUUUAUAUGUUACCGACAAAGGGCAGCUGAUCCCCUGUUCUUACCUUGCAGGCUCUGAGUUUCUACCAACUGCAAACAAUCCUGCAGUUCAAAGUGACGCAGGGACUACCUCAGCUCGCCUUCUGAUUGGCUCGGUCAGCCUGGUCGAUCCGGUUGUACAUUUGUCUGCUAUGGCAUACUGCAGCUGCCCCCCCAUCCAGCCCAAUCACACCCACAUGUUCGAGACCCAUGCCUCAGUGCCAUCUAUCGUUUGACCAGGAGAGCUGCAGCACAGCUCGCAGCUUCAUCAAGCUCACAAAUGCUCUCGUUACUUUAAACUGUUGGAAGACAAGUGGACAUCAUUGCUGUUAAGACUCAGAGAACUGUGCCAAAGCUGCCGAAUCUCCUGAAAACAUUGUCCUCUUGCUAGCAGAUGCUUUGAUCCAAAGUGACGUCCUGUACAGAGACGAUUUGAAGAACUUACACUCGUUCUGCCGGAAGAAUGUAAUUCACAGCAGAAGAUUUUUAAAUCGGCUCAUUUUACCUUUUCGGCUUAAAGUGGCAUCGCGGUUUCCUCCCCAGUCUGAACCCACAGGGCUGCUGGGAAAUUAAGUCAGCCUCCAAGUGAAAAUAAAGAAAUCCCUACCUCUAUUAAAACAUGACGAACGACUUUUGAGUCUCCUAUUGGCAUUCCUCCCGCCCAAAAGAAACGGAUUUGAAUUAAUUUUUAUUUUUGCAUCCAAACUGCUUCCACCGCCACAGACAAGUGAGCUGUCUUCCUGCCAAACUCAGUGUGGCAAUGUGUCCUAACAAGGUGUGACGUAGUGUGUGUCUGGAAAGCACAUGAGGGGGCACGUUUGUAUAUACCGCCUGUUUGUGCUGUGGGGGUGAAGACCUUUUUCUCUCACACACACACUGAGCAAUACCAGACAGGCUAACACUUUCAGGUAAUAUACUCAGUGGAAAGGCCAAACACAAAUUCGGCUGAUCCCUCCUGCCCGUCCACCCGCCCCUCGCCGCAGAAAGUGUACUGCUGUUGACCGCUAAACUGUGUGGCAGCCCUGUGUGGUCAGAGUAGUGCAUCCAGAAGGGCUUACAGAGCGUCAUCUCCAUGUUCUUGAAUCUGGACCUUCAGUCAAACUGGCCAGGUGAAAUCAGAACUGUACUUUUCUUUCUUUAUUUUAUUUUUUUUCCACAGGACAUAUUAUGGAUUACUCCGACUGUAUUUGACAACUUUCUACUCAUGCUGGCAUUGUAAAUGAAUGGAUGGGUUGAAUGCAGUGACACCCUGCGGUGGCUUAUUGCUGUGUAUUAACUGUGUGUGGGUACACUCUCAAAUCCUCUUCUUCUGUAUAUUUAAAAACAAAAAAAGAGCUCAUGUGAACACUCAGCGUGAUACGUUUUGUACCAAAUUACACAUGUAUGAAAACAGCUUUCCCGCCACUAAGAUCUUCUUUUUAAAAUGAAAAAUAUAUAAAUAUUUAUCCUCAUGAGGUGCUGCUGAUCUUAUAUUUUAACUGAGCGCCCAGUUUGCACUAUGUUAUUACACUGAGAUAUAGGCUAAUAGAUCUGCAUUUAGCACUAGCGCAAAAAAAAACCUGAAUUGAUUUCUGUAGUUAGUUCCACAGGUUAAUACACUGGAAUAAGACUAAAGGGGGGGCUGUGACUUUCUUCCUUUUGCUCUCUGAUGUAUCUUGGACAGUGACAGAGAUGGAGUCCCUUCAUAUUACUGCUGUUGUUAAUGAAUGCCUUUGUACAGUAGUGGACAAGAAGCUUUUCAUUCUCCUGUUUUGUAACUUAUAGUAUUUCAAUGUAGGUAUUAUUAUUAUUAUUGUAUUUAGACGUUUGAGAGGACUGGCAAUAUUUUUGAUUAUUGAAGUAAUUUUGAACUCAUUAUAUUAAAGGGGUACCUCAGGUGAGCUGUGAUUGUAAACUGGUGAGAUUUAUGUCUGCAAAUGAAAUAAUUUGCCAAAAAAA